GCAGGAUAUGACGCACUAUAAAUAAAGUUUCUUUGUCCGUAAACAACACACAAACAUAUUAGUCAAGUGUGUAGUACACACGUCGAGCAGGAUCAAUCGAUCAAUAUCCUUAUCUCCGAAGGAAGUGAUUGGAAAAGGACAAUAAUAAAACUAAGUUAUCAGAUAUUUUCCAGAGGUCAUGGAAGUAGAUUCAGAGAGUACAGAAAGACAUUUUCCUGUGGUGAUGGAAGUAGACGUAGAGAGUACAGAAAGACCUUUUGAAUUCAAUGAUAGCAAUCAUCAAAUGUUUAUACAAGAGAACGGUAUACCUCUAUAUAAUUUCAAAACUGAUCUGGAUAAUGAUAAAGCAUUAACAACCAUGGAUAAAACGAACAGAAUGAAAGAGGUUUUUAAUCAAUAUAAAGUAGUUAAUGAUAAAGGAAAACAGGACGAGGAAAAAAUACUUUCAGGUCGAAUAAAAACAGAUGCUUUGAGAAAUCCACUAGAGGUAGAGUCGACAAAAUUGUCGCAAGAUGUACCAUCUAUGUUAUCGUCCAUUGACAAGCUUGCACUCAAACUAGCAGCUAAUAAGAAACAACAUUUUAAGUCGAAUAUAAAUUGUUCCUCAAGUUCAGUUAGAUAUGGAGGUGAAAUAAUUAGGGAAUCGCCAAUAGAAACACUUGAAAACUUUAGCAAAGCAGACUCAGCUGACCAUGUCGAUAAUAUUCACAUGGCUCAAGAAACAUGCGACAUGAGCAAAAUUAUUAAGGAAAUAUACGAGAAAAGUUUAAUGAGGGACAAACUGUUAUUUGAUAAAUACGGGAAAGCCUCUAUUUACUCUCCUGUAGAUAUUAAUUUGUCAACUAAGUCUGCUAGUGACAACUUAACUGGUACUCCAAACAGAGAUCCUAUACCAUCUGAUACUCUUGACCACAAUUGCCCUACUAAUAAAAUUGAACUAAAUAUUAAGAGUUACAUGUGUGAAAUAAAAUCCGAACCUUUAGAAGCUAUUGUAAGCGAGGAGUAUCAAAUAGACAAAGACCAGGCACCUCUCAAUGAAAGUGUUUGUCCUGAGAAAUCUCUGGAUGAUAAAUAUGACUAUUUUAGCCGGAAUAUUGAAAUAUUCGUAACACAUGGGCCACCAAAGAUCAAACCUCGAAAAAAGAAAACUAUGGAACUGACUGUUAAUCAACAAACAGUGCCGGACAGUUUAGAUGACCUAUGUGUUGAGGAGAAAGAGGAAUAUACAAAGAAGGGAUACGCUAAACCAUUUGGAUGCGAUAUAUGCCACCGAAUGUUUAGUCAGAUCGGCCACCUUAAUCGACACAUGCGCAUUCAUACGGGAGAAAAACCAUUCCAGUGUGACAUAUGUGGAAAAGAAUUUAGUCAGAGCGGAGAUAAACGCAGACAUGAACGGACGCACACAACAUAUAGACCGUAUCAAUGUUUUAUUUGCGAUAAAGAAUUUAACCAGAGUGGUCAUUUACAGCGCCAUCUCCGAAUACAUUCCGGACAUAUUCUUUAUAAUAAUGGCGAAUUUGACAAGGAAUUAACCAGACAGAAAUACAAGGAAGAUAAGGUAGCUUCUGCCGACAAAACAAAAUAUUGUCCACUUUGCGAGAAAACUUUUGUUAAAAAGUAUUUAUUGGAACGACACAUUCGAUCUCACACUGGUGAAACGCCUUAUAAAUGCGAGGAAUGUGGUAAGGGAUUCACAAGAAAAGAUAGACUAUACACACAUGCGAGGAUACACAGUGGAGAGAAACCUUAUUGCUGUAAAGAAUGUGGUAAAGGUUUCAACCAAAGCAGUCACUUAAAAACACAUAUUAGGAUACACACAGGUGAUAAACCGUACAAAUGUGGAAUAUGUGGAAAGGGUUUUGCACAGUCACAUGACCGGAAAAAGCACGAACGCGUUCAUACUGGGGAACGCCCUUAUGUAUGUCCCUUGUGUGGUAAAGAUUUCAGUGAUAACUCCCAGCUAUGGAAACAUGCACGUACUCAUGAUGAAGAUCAAGAGGAGGGUACAUUAUUUAAAUGUCGAAGUUGUGAUAAGGAAUACGAGUACAGCUCUCAGUUAAUUCAUCACAUGAAAGAACACUCGCGUGAACAAGCCGGGAGCAUUCAAUUACCCAAUAUUGGAGAUUUUGAUAAUGAUUCUGAAAUGGAGAAAGUACGAUUGACAGCAGAAGCACUUUUAAAAGAUACCCUAGACAUUAGAGACAGUAGUGUAAAUACAGAACAAAACCGCGUCAUAGCUGAUGACAAAUACCUUAAUGUAAUAAAUGGAAAGGAUGGAAACGAACAUAAAAAUGCAUUUGAAAAUUUACCAGGCAACUCUUCUGAUGAUGAAGAAAGUGAACCAGAUCAGAAAGAAGGUGGUAAUGAAUCUUGGGAGCCGAAAUGGAACGGAGAAAUGUAUAUUGCUGAAAAGGCUCCUGAGAAUGGACAGUUUAAUUGAUGGUCUAUUAAUAUGCGAAUUUAUUUGAAUUUUAACCCGAAUUAAUUGAUGAUGUAAUUUAGAACGCAUAUAGAAUAAAACACAUUUUAAAUUCAAUAUAAAA